AUGUGGCAGAAUCGCCUCGGCCUCAGGAAUACGUUGGUAGGAAAGAUGAAGCUCAAAAGCAGUUGUGUGAAAAGUGCAAAAAAUGAUGCCGGCCGGGGUCGAACUCCUAAACCCCGCUUUCAAAGACCGACGCUCUACCCCCUAGGCUAUGAUUCUGGCGGAGUCUCGUUUCAGCAGUGUCGGCAAUAUUGCGAAUUAAAACUGUCAAAGAUGGUUUUGUACGACCGGCACUACAUCCAUAGUCAAAGUAACAUUUUCUUCAAGUCUCCUCAAAGUUUGAAAGCAAAAUAUAAAGAUUCCGUUCCUAGCCGAAAGAACUUGGAAAAAAGGACGAAUAAGACAAAAAGAGAAAAAUUUAUUUCAAAAGUCGAAAAAAUUUUCUAUGAACUCGUCGAUAGUUUUAUUAUGUUCAGAAUUGUUAUCGCUAAGUGUACCAACAUCUAA